UGCCGGAAGGGAUCGUGGCUGACAUGGCGGAGGACCUGCAGGGCGGCGAUGCGGGUGUCCCACAGCAUCCAGUCCCCAGUACGAGCCACAGCAGCUUUCCGGAAUACGAGCUUCCCGAGUUGCACACGCGGGUGUUCCAUGUGGGCUCCUUUGGUGAGCUGUGGCGCGGCCGGCUAGGGGCCCAGGACUUGUCGCUGAGCGAACCGCAGGCAGCCGAGCAGCCGACCGACGGAGGGGCAUCCAACGAAGGCUUUGAGGAUGCUGCGGUAGCCAGCGAUCUGGGCUGCAGUCUGGAGGCAGCGGCAGAGCUGAGGGUCGUGUGCGGCCUUGAUAAACUGAGAUGCCUCGGGGAAGAUGAAGACCCGGAAGUCAUCCCAGAGAAUACUGACCUAGUGACUUUAUGUGUGAGGAAGGGGCUUUUGGACUAUCGAGAAGAAAACAUCACAAUAGAUCGCGCCUGUAGACAAGAAACAUUUGCUUAUGAAAUGGAAUCUCAUGCACUAGGAAAAAAACCUGCAAAUCCAGCAGACAUGAUUGAAGAAGGAGAGUGUAUCCUAUCUGUGAACAUCUUAUAUCCUGUUAUAUUUAAUAAGCACAAAGAACACAAACCAUACCAGACGGUGUUGGUACUGGGCAGCCAGAAGCUCACAGAACUCAGAGAUUCAAUUUGCUGUGUCAGUGACCUCCAGAUUGGUGGAGAAUUCAGCAACGCUCCAGAUCAAGCCCCCGAGCACAUCAGCAAAGACCUCUACAAGUCGGCUUUUUUCUAUUUUGAAGGAACAUUUUACAAUGACAGAAGAUACCCAGAAUGCAGAGACUUGAGCAGAACUAUUAUAGAAUGGUCGGAGUCCCAUGAUCGAGGAUAUGGAAAAUUUCAGACUGCUAGAAUGGAAGAUUUCACAUUUAAUGACUUGCAUAUUAAACUUGGCUUUCCUUACUUAUACUGUCACCAGGGAGACUGUGAGCAUGUGGUUGUCAUCACAGACAUAAGGCUUGUGCACCAUGACGACUGCUUGGAUAGAACACUGUAUCCCCUCCUUACCAAGAAGCACUGGCUGUGGACCAGAAAAUGUUUUGUCUGUAAGAUGUAUACAGCUAGAUGGGUGACGAACAAUGACACCUUUGCACCAGAGGACCCAUGUUUCUUUUGUGAUGUUUGCUUCAGAAUGCUCCACUAUGAUUCCGAAGGCAACAAACUAGGGGAAUUCCUUGCUUAUCCUUAUGUUGACCCAGGAACCUUUAAUUAGUACCAGCUAUUUCCUACUACAGUUUAGUUACUAUUACAUUAUUUAUUACAAGGGGUUGUUAAUGGCUUUUUACUUAAGUUGUUUAUGUUACUGAGAUGUAGAAACGCUUUUCUGUAUUUUGAAUAUAUAAACCUUGUCAGAAACACAA